AUGAAGGAUAUUUUUGGAAAUGGAAUUUUGCUUGCUGAAGGAAAUUCUCAUAAGCGACAAAGAAAAAUGAUGACUCCUUCAUUCUCUUUUACCAAUAUUAAAGAAAUGUUUCCAACAUUUGUUCAAGCCGGCAAUAAAUUGAAAGAUAUGUGGAUGAAACAAAUUGGUGAUAAGAAAGAGGGGAGAAUUACAAUUACAGAUUUAAUUCCAAAGAUAACUUUAGAUGUUAUUGGCCUUGUUGGAUUUAAUUAUGAACUCAAUUCUACUACUACAAGUUCUGAAUUAGCACAAGCAUAUAAAACAGUGUUUACUCGUGAUCCUUCACCUGCAUACGUUUCCCUUGUUGAUCUCUUUCCGAUCAUCAGAAAAUUGCCAAUCCCUUAUAAUAAUAGAUUCAAUAAUGCUACUAAAAUCAUCAAUGAAAUUUCUGAAAGAUUAAUUUCCGAACAAAAAAACAAUCCCGUUCAAGGAAAAGAUUUAUUGGCUUUAUUGGUAAAGGCAAACGAAAAAUUACCUGUUGAUGAACAAUUAAAACAUGAUGAAUUGAUGGAUCGUCUUCGUAAAGAAUUGUUUGAUGCAUUUGUUGACCGUAAUUAUCAACCAACUCUUGAUGAAAUUGAACAGUUGAAAUAUUUAGAAUGUGUUUUAAAGGAAACUUUAAGGAUCCUACCACCUGUACCAUCAGUCCGUCGUCGUGGAAUAAAAGAUGAAAUAAUGAAUGGAUACGUUAUUCCAAAGGGAACUCCAUUAGUGAUUCCUAUCUAUGCAAUCCAUCAUGAUCCUUUAAUUUGGGGUGAAGAUGCUGAAAGUUUUAAUCCAUCUCGGUGGUUUGAUCCGGAAAUUAAAGCAAAAAUAUCAACCAGCACAUAUUUACCUUUUAGUGCUGGUCCGAAAAAUUGUAUAGGAAUGAAAAUCGCUCAAUUUGAAUUUAAAUCUAUUUUAUCUAUACUUAUUAGAAAUUUUAAGUUUAAAAUAGUUGAAGGAUUUGCCUUUAAAAUGAAAGCUGUAGGUUUUCCUAAUCCUAUUCCUGGAAUUGAUUUAUGGGUUUCAAAAAUUGAAGAUUAA